ACAGCGACCCAUAAUAAUUGGUUUACGAUAUGUGUGCAUAUAAUAUGGAUGACGUGCUUGAAUAGCAACCAACAAUCCCGCCACCAUGCCCGUGCUCAUGAGCUCUGCUCUCUCUCGCAUUUUUCCUUCACCUCCUUUGCAUUACUACCCCGACAAAUCCAGCCCUAAUUUCAUUUCUUCAACUUCUUCUAGCACCAGAGGUACUGGAAAAACAAGAAGAUGGGUCCCUCUCACCUUCCUUAGGGUCUCAUCUUCCGACGAUCCCACGGUUGCUGUUGCUUCAGCUCCGACGAAAACAUCAACCGAUGCCGAUGACGAGGAUGUUAUAGAUUCUGCUGCGGACGUUGUGAGGAACUUCUACGCGGCGAUUAACGCCCGCGAUUUGGCCUCUGUGGAGGACCUCAUUGCCGACAAUUGCGUCUACGAGGACCUUAUCUUUCCUCGUCCUUUCGUCAGUCGCAAGGAAGUUCUGCAGUUCUUCAAAAAGUUCAUUGAUUCUAUCAGCAUAGACCUCCAAUUCGUUAUUGAUGAUUUGUCUAUUGAGGACUCCUCAGCAGUUGGGGUCACAUGGCAUUUAGAUUGGAAGAAGAGGCCCUUUCCUUUUAGCAAAGGAUGCAGUUUUUAUCGGUUGGAGGUCGUGGAUAAAAAGAGACGAAUAGUAUAUGGGCGGGAUAGUGUAGAACCUGCAAUCAAACCUGGGGAGACGGCUUUGGUUGCAAUCAGAGGUGUAACUUGGCUUCUGCAGAAAUUUCCUCAGCUGGCGGACCGGCUAUGAUAGAAGCCAUCAAUCUAUUAUUUCUUGCUUCAUCUUUAGUAUAAGACGUGAUUUAUUAUUUAACGUGCAUAUCAAAAUGUAGGUUCAAUUGUAUAGUUCUGCCCCUUCUGAAGAAAAAAGUCUCAAGUAAACGAUCAAUUGUGGGCAUGGCCUCCCUUAAAUUUUGGUACGUUUAUUCAAUUUUCCUCUUUACGUGGUUGAGAUGAAUGUUGUACUUGCA